CACUCUGCCAGUCCUAUCACAUGCUUUGUUAGAUUGUUUACUUGUCGCGUCUCCCUCCCUCUCCCUCUUCUGCCUAUCCAGCUUCUCUCACCCGCCCACCAGUUGGUUCCUGCUUGGUGUUUUGUGGCGAUAAAAAGAGCAGAGACGAAACGGGAAAGACGUCCUAAGCAGCUCUUUUCUAUCAACAUUUGGUGUUUUGCUGUUGCAUCUACUAAUCCUGCACUUUCACUCUCGUACAACGACCAUGCUCCGCCUGACUGCAGGACGCGUCGGAAGCCUGGUGGUCAGUCGCGCGACAGUGGCCUGGACUACCAGCAGCGCGAGGAUGGCGAGCCACACUCACGAGGUGACCGAGAUGGUGGACAUGUCUCAGCCGAUGUACUUGGACAGUCAAGAAACCCCUCUGCCUGACAAACCCUACAAAGAUGUCCUGACUGCUGCUGACAAGAGCCUGAAGCAGAAGGAGAAAGGACCCUGGAGCCAGCUGAGCAAAGAGGAGAAGAUAGCGUUGUACCGGCUCUCCUUCUGCCAGACCUUCGCAGAGAUGAAGCAGCCGUCAGCAGAGUGGAAGACUGUCACAGGGGGAAUCUUUAUCGUUCUCGGCAUCACUGGCCUGGUGGUCUUGUGGCAGUCGGCCUACGUGUACCCUCCACCUCCCAGGACGUUUGGCGAAGAGUGGCAGGCCAAACAGGUACAGAGGAUGUUGGACAUGAGGGUGAACCCCAUUGAGGGCUUCUCGGCCAACUGGGACUAUGAGAAGGGCCAGUGGAAGUAGAGAGGCCGUGGCUGAGGUGGCACAGUGUCCAGACCUGUCACUGCAGAGAUUUGUUCCAGUUGUUUAAGUCAGUCUCAUUUUGAAUGUUGCAUUGUAACCGUCAAACCACUAAAAGAUGGAGCAGAUUCACCUCUGUCAGUCAGGGGCCUCUUCUCUAACCACUGCAGCCUCAUGUCAGUCCUGAUCUAACCUUAUUAUAGUAAUAAAGUUCUGCUUAUGCCUCUG